AUGGAAGGUUGGCCCAAUUCUCCUGAUGCGGGUGUUUUGCGAAUACUGUUCUGGAUGAUGUACGUGAUUGGUUUGGUGGUAAUGGCAGCGUACUCAGCCACGCUAGUCUCCUUCCUGACCGUAGUUAAUGACCAACUUCCUUUUGACACCUUGGAAGACCUAAAACAGCUCCAAAAAUAUCGACUCGGCAUACAAAAGGGUUCGAUGCUUGAGGAGUUCUUCAAGAACCAAAAUUUCCUUGUGUACUAUAAGGCACUCAUUGAACCUUACACGGAUACGCUGAAGAAGUCGAUUAUUGAGUUACGAACAUUGGCACUGAAGAACUCUGACUAUGCUUAUGUGGGGUCCUACGAGGUACAGCGACUUGACAGUGUGGGAGCUUGCAUCUUCAAGUCCGCUCAUCGGCACCUCCUUUUCAAUGACGGUGCCCUGGCCUGGCCUCGAGGCUCUCCCUACCUCCAGCUCUUUGAUCAUUUCAUCAACAAAUACCGUGAAUCUGGGAUACUGCAGAAGUUAAAAAAUGUGUGGUACCCUCGACCCUAUUCGUGUUCUAAUCAGCCAGUAGUUGCACUUGGCUUUCAACAGGUCUUCACAGCAUUCGUGUUGCUGAGCCUGGGUGUUGGGUUCAGUGUCCUUCUCUUAAGUCUAGAGAAAUUAGUCAUUAAGUGCAUAUCUCAGAUGACCAAAAUUCAGCUCUCGAGUUGAAAUAAUAAGGGCACACAUCUAGUUAGGGCAUCUUGAUGAAUCACAGGAGACAAACUUAUUAUAAUUGCAUAGCUUAUUUUUAAAUAUUUAUUUACAAAUAAACAUCACAUAGGUAAGCGAUAAAAUUUAGAAAAAAUGCAGCAUUUUUUGCAAAGCUUAUAAUAAAUUUAUCUUUAAGGGUGAUGAUAAUUGUGGAUGUUUAUUAUUAUUAGUAGUAUAUACUUGCAUUAAAUAUAGUUCUUGCAUACAGUAAUACAAAAAAUGUAAAUAUGAAUGGUUGUUUAAAAGAUAUUCAGUGAAGUAAAAUUUUUUUUAUUAAAUUCAUGGGGGAGCACUAAACCCUUGGGUCAUGCAGUGCCUCAGGGCAUGGAAGGCAUUCAGGUUUGAUUCAAGGAAUUGAAGCAUUAGUUCAAUUCCAUAGAUCAAGAGCCCCUCACCAGCUUCAAAGAACUUUGAGGGGACAAAUAUGUUUUUAUAAAAGCAAGUAAAGUUACAAUUUAGGUGGCAACAAUUUAGAUUUUUAGAAUAUUUUAAAGUUUAAAAUAUGUAAAGUAAAAGGACACAAGUGCAACUAAUGUGACAUUUUAUUGUGGCAACGUUUCGCUCUCCAGGAGCUUUGUCAAGCCGAUACAAACAGUAUAUGGACACUUCAAUAAAAGAUCUAACCAGGACAAAAUCAAAGCACCACGAACCAGUCAAUGCAGGGGUUUACACUCUACCCUGUGGAGGCUGUGGCAAGAUUUAUGUAGGUGAAACAGCAAGAAACCUCGAC